AUGAACGAGGCGGUGCAGGAGGUGAAGCUGCUGCGGCAGGUGAACGCGCUCAUCGUGGCGCACCUCCGUAGCCAGAACCUCGGGCAGGCCGCAGCAGCCGUCGCCGCCGCCACCAUGACCCCCAUCUCCGCCGCGGAAUCCGUCCCCGCCAAUCAACUCCUACGUCUCGUGGCCAAGGGCCUCGCGGCGGAGCGCGGAGGAGGAGCCGCCGCUUCCGCAUUCGACUCCGCCGGGUUCGGUGGGUUGGUGCAGCAGCUCGGCUCCAGUGCCGUGGAUUUCAGUAUGCAGGAUGUCAAGGGCUCAUCCAAGAGCUUCCCCAAGCACGAGGUGAAGCAUGUCUCUGACCAUAAGAGCGCUGCCCGGUGCGCGAAAUUUAGUCCUGAUGGAAAGUAUUUUGCAACUGGGAGUGCUGAUACAUCCAUUAAGUUUUUUGAGGUUGCUAAAAUUAAGCAGACUAUGGUAGGGGACUCCAAAGAUGGUCCUGCCAGGCCUGUGAUUCGCACAUUUUAUGAUCACACACAGGCCAUCAAUGGUCUGGAUUUUCAUCCUGAGAGUCCAAUACUGAUAUCAGCUGCAAAAGACAAUACAAUAAAAUUCUUUGAUUUCUCAAAAACCAAUGCGAGGAAAGCGUUCAGAGUUAUUCAGGAUACUCAUAAUGUUAGAUCUGUAUGUUUUCAUCCUUGUGGGGAUUACCUUUUAGCAGGGACUGAUCACCCAGUUGCUCAUUUAUAUGAUAUAAAUACUUUUACAUGCUACUUAUCAGCAAAUGCACAGGAUUCUAGUUCUCCCAUUAACCAGGUACGCUACUCUUGUACUGGGAGCUUGUAUGUUACUGCUUCUAAAGAUGGUUCUUUGCGCAUUUGGGAUGGAGUAUCUGCUGAAUGUGUUCGACCUAUUAUUGGAGCACAUGGAUCCGCAGAAGCUACUAGUGCAAUUUUCACCAAAGAUGAGAGGUACGUCCUAUCUUGUGGGAAAGAUUCUUGUGUCAAGUUAUGGGAAGUUGGCACUGGACGACUUGUGAAGCAAUAUGAAGGAGCCAUUCGCAGACAAUUUCGUUGUCAGGCUGUCUUCAAUGAAACCGAGGAAUACGUGCUAUCAGUUGAUGAACAAAACAAUGAGGUUGUCGUCUGGGAUGCACUUACUGCUGAAAAGGUUGCAAGAUUGCCCUCUGGCAGCACUGGUGCUCCUAGAUGGCUCGACCACUCCCCAGUUGAGCCAGUUUUUGUUAUUUGUGGAAACGAUAGAUCGAUCAGAUUCUGGAAACAAACCGUAUAA